UGUCAAUGCAUUUUCGCAACAGUUGAGUCCUUAAACUAAACACAACUCAUUCAAUCUUAAUCUUAUCGGCGUUUGGAUCUCUAAGGGCUAACGUGACGUGUUGGAGGUUAACAUAUGACCCACCAAUCUGGGCAAACCCAGUGACUGUGGUAAUUCUUAUGCAGAUUUUGGCGUGCCCCGUUGUACUGGUUGUCAUGCCGGGAUUCCCCACGCCGACUGUACCGUCUGAUGCAAUACUGCGCAACCUCAAGCCGACCUUUCACAAUCCCGCGUCACGCCCCUCGCACACCUGUGCCUCGGCCAAUCACGGCGAGACAAAGUCCCCAGGGGAAUGUUGGUCAAUGUGGCUUCCAUCGUUUUUGGUGGUCAUUUUCUGAUGCAAACCGGUGUCUCGAUUGCACGAGUGUCAUUUGGACAGGUCGGCCGUGUAAGGCAUACAGAUUUACAGACAUCUUAUAAAAGGUGGGCAUCUGAUGCAACCAGCAUUUCUUCUGCCCGCACCGCACGUGUGAGAAGCUCGCAGCACCGGGGUUCUUUCCACAACCGAGUACGAGACCACUUGAAUGAAGAUACCAUCUAUCUCCGCUCUUAACUUCUGUCAUGAGGGUCCUUGGCAAGCAGGCACAGACAACACAUUCAGCCAUCAGCAGAACAUGUGGGACUAUUGGGAGCCUUGACAGUCAGAAACAUAUGAUACAGACGACACUUACAGCUACUACAGACGACAUGACUGCAGGGUUGGAGACGACACAGGCUGCAGACGUGCAGAAGGCGGGAAUCACCAUGGAGACCAUGUGUGAGGAAGAGUUCAUUGAGGUGGACGGAGAGGGGGUGGUCAGUCAGGGAGGGAAGAGCGCGGCCGAGCUGCUGCUAACCGCUCUGCAGAACAUGGACGCCAGCCAGGCGCAGGCGCUAGUAGUGGCCAAUAUGGCACAGUUCAACAGUGACGCUACCGUCCCGGACGUCUCGCUGUCCCAGGACACCGCCGACUCGGACCUGUCGUCCCUGGGAGAGGGCAGCCUCACCCCCAUCAUCAAGGAAGAGCUGAAGUACACCAUCCAGACCAAGCGGCUGGCCAGCGGGCUGGACGAGCUGGACGUGGAGGAGAUCAAGAACAGCAGCAAGGCCAAGAAGCCGCGGAAGAUCUCCCCAGAGGAGGAAGAGCGGCGCAGGGUACGGCGGGAGAGAAACAGGAUCGCCGCCGCCAAGUGCAGGAACAAGAAGAGGGAGCGGGGCGAGCUGUUACAGGAGGAGUCCGAACGACUGGAGUCGCAGAACGAGCGUCUGAAAUUGGAGAUAUCCCGACUGCAAGACGAGAAGGAGAAGAUCGCUUACCUGCUGCAGUUCCACCGUCCCACCUGCAUCAUGAAAGCACCUGCGACCGCCUGCGCACCUGACACAACAACCUCCAAACCUACAGCUGUGAUGGGGGAUUCCUUCUUCACCACCGCCUCCUCCUCAGACCUCUCGUGGGACUCCGCGGAAACAGCGGGACAGGAAUCCUCGCCUUUACCUGCUAUAGUUCCUGUGGACCUGUCCAGCGCGUAUAGCAGUGACAGUGACACUGAGUCGAGCUGAGCUGAGACACUAGGCAGUUAUUCUUGUUAAGCCUUUCUGUGCUAGCCUCUGACCUUUCCCCUGAUUACCUGUGUUCUUUCCCUUUGACUCUUCCCAAGAGGCGUGUAAAUAAACAAAUGGAAUCGUAACUUUCAACUGUGCAAAAGAAUUGUACUGCCACGUAAAUAUGGCGCACUCUCAUAAGUCAGGCUCUCGGCGAUACGGACAGGAAGCAUGUUUUGUGCAGUGAACCUGCAGCCAUGUCUUUUAUCACAAAGGUCUAUUUCCUUGUAGUAAACGCACUUUUCAUUCAAAUGCCUGAAACUACUUUCCACUUUUCAACCAUAGUCAGUAUCAUCACAAGUAUCGUGUACAUAUGUGGCAGCUGCGAAUAUCAUUUAUAUUAUUAAAACUAUCGUUAUGGCGUGUGAUCGGUAUGAAUGGAAACAGCAUACUUGCACUUCAAGUUAUAUUACAUGGUGUGUGCAGAAAACCAAGGAGGAAACAGAGUGUUUCUGCCAUGUGGUGCGCGGUGGGGUGAUCUCUCUUCGCUCACGUACCUAGGCAUAUCACUUGUGUCUAUAUACUAUGCACGCCGUGUUAAUGGUUGUGGUUUGUUACCUCAGUAAACUGUUAAUGUUAGUUUGUAAAUAGCAUCAACUGUAGGAAACGUGUUGACACGUGAGGUAAACCCAUGAUCACAUCUACAACAUCCAAUGUUCUGUAAAUAUACUGAUGUGACGAUGUUUUGUACCUUUGUACGAUUGUUACCAAGUAAAUUAUAGUACAAGCUCUGAA